AUGACAACAUUCACCGACCACACCCACAUCGAUGCUGCAACAUACAGACGCCUCAGACCGCGGGAGUAUCUAAACAGGUAUUUGGACUCCAAUGUGCGCAUAGAUGGUAGAUCAUUGCUCGACUUCCGAAGCACAAGCAUCAACCAAGGCUCAAUUGAAACCGCAGACGGCAGCGCUGUUGUACGCCUCGGCAACACUACAAUGGUGGCCGGUAUAAAGCUCAAAACUGCUCUGCCAGAUCCAAGUCGCGAGGCGGGCUACAUAGUCCCCAAUGUUGAUCUUAAUCCUGUCUCCAAUGCUAAAUUCAAAAGCGGUCCUCCUUCGGACCAGGCGCAGGUGCUCAGCAGCCGUCUCAACGAUCUUCUUCUAUCAGCCAACAUCGUAAAUCACUCUCAACUCGUUAUAGAACCACGUAAAGCUGUUUGGGUGGUCUAUGUCGAUGUUACGUGUAUAAAUUACGACGGAAACGCUCUCGAUGCUGCUAUGAUUGCUAUCGUUGCAGCGUUGAAGAAUACUCAGCUGCCUGAAGCUAAUUAUGACUACGAUCAUGAAAAGGUAGUAGCUAAUAAGCAGCACUACGCCCCUCUUUCCCUCAACAAGGUCGUUGUCCCCUCCUCAUUUGGCUGGUUCGAUGGCAAGCUACUCGCUGACCUCACCGACUUUGAACAGUCUUUAUGCGCAGCACAGAUCACUGUCGUCGUCAAUCCAGACGGUUCACUAGCACAUCUCUCCACACAAGGACUCAGUCUUGGUCACACCAUAGAGGACAGUGUCAACAUCACCAAUUCUGCUAUCUCAGCAGCCCAACACCGCUACGCCAGCGUAUCAAAACUAAUAAUUUAG